GUAUACGUGAGUGUAAGAUACUUAGGGAAAGGGAAGAAGAGCAUGCUGCUACACAGUACCCUGGCUUGUGCUUCCAGCUAACAGUGGUGUGUCUGUGUUUCUGUGCUGGAGUGACUGAUGAAAAACAGUGUUCAAGUCUGGAGGGUGAUUCCCUGUCAGUGCAUUUGCCUUUCAGUUCUGGGAAAAUUAGAAGCUUUGCUCUUGUUUUGCUUGUUAGAAUGGGCUGCAAUCUGUGCACUUUUCAGAAGAGAGAGGAACACUACAAACUGCUCUAUGAAGUUUCACAGGUCAAUGGGAAGGACCUCUCCAAGGCUACACAUGAAGAGGCAGUGGAAGCUUUUCGCAAUGCCAGGGAGCCAAUUGUAGUUCAGGUUUUACGGAGAGCACCCAUUAAUAAAGCACAUAGUUGCCCACAGGAUGUUCAGCUUGUGGAUGCUAGCACCCAGACUGACAUCACCUUUGAGCACAUUAUGGCUCUGGCCAAGCUUAGGCCAUCCACACCUCCAGUACCUGAUAUCUGCCCUUUUUUACUUUCAGACAGCUGCCAUUCGCUUCACCCAGUGGAGCAUGAAUUUUACGAAGGUAACGACUAUCUUUCCAGCCUGCCUGCUGAUGCAGAUAGAACAGAAGACUUCGAGUAUGAGGAGGUUGAGCUCUGUCGUGUAAGCAGUCAAGAGAAGUUGGGGCUGACUGUCUGUUACAGAACGGAUGAUGAGGAGGACACAGGAAUCUAUGUCAGUGAGGUUGAUCCAAACAGUAUUGCUGCCAGAGAUGGCCGGAUCCGAGAAGGAGACCGCAUUUUGCAGAUAAAUGGCCAAGACAUCCAGAAUCGAGAGGAGGCAGUGGCAUUGCUCUCCAGCGAUGAAUGCAAGAAAAUUGUGUUGCUGGUUGCAAGACCUGAGAUGCAGCUGGAGGAAGGGUGGCUGGAUGAUGAAAGGAACGAGUUCUUAGAGGAGUUAAACUUAGAAAUGUUGGAAGAACAGCAUAAUGAAGCGAUGCAGUACACAGCCAAUGAGGUGGAGCAGCCAAAGAAGCAUGAGGAAGAGGAUGGCACAACAGACACCGCAACUUCUUCAUCCAACAACCAUGAGAAAGACAGUGGAGUGGGGCCUACAGAUGAGAGUCUACGUAAUGAUGAGAGCUCGGAGCAGGAGAAUGCACCUGAGGAGCAGAGCACUGCUGCCCUACAAAGCAAGCGGGAGCUGGGCCAGAGCCAGGAUACUUUAGGAAGUGUUGAACUCCAAUGCAAUGAAAGCUUUGUGUCUGGGGAAUAUAUUGAAUCAGAUUUUGUUAGAAACCAAGAUGAGGACUGUGAAAGGUUUCGGCAACUCUUGGAACUCAAAUGCAAGAUUAGAAACCACGGUGAAUAUGACUUAUAUUACUCAAGCAGUACAAUAGAGUGUAACAGAAAGGAACAAGAUGGGGUGGAGCAUGAGCUACAGUUACUCAAUGAGGAAUUGAGGAAUAUUGAACUCGAGUGUCAGAACAUUAUGCAGGCUCACAGGCUUCAAAAGGUGAGGGAUCAGUAUGGAGAUAUUUGGUCCUUACAUGAUGGAGGAUUCAGGAAUUAUAACACCAGCAUAGAUGUACAAAGAGGUAAGCUGGAUGAUAUCAUAGAGCACCCUGAGAAAUCUGACAAAGAUAGCUCCAGUGCUUACAACACAGCAGAAAGCUGCAGGAGCACUCCACUGACUGUUGACCGAUCUCCUGAUAGCUCACUCCAGAGAAUGAUUAGCAUCACCAAUAGGAAAAACUUGAGAAGCACAAUUGUAGCUAACCAGUUGUCUUCUGGACAGAGUAGCAGGGAGGCAACCCCAACCAAAACCAAAACUACUGAGCAAAGCAGUACUGUUGAAGAUAAGGUAAUGGUUUCAGAAAGCAGCAAAUUCACAGACCAGGAGAAGCAAAGCGCCGAGAACAUUCCUUACCUAUCUCCAUAUCACAGUUCAUCAUACAGAUAUGGGAAUAUACCUGCACAUGCAAAACAUUAUCAAAGCUAUAUGCAGCUGAUCCAACAGAAAUCUGCUGUAGAGUAUGCCCAAAGUCAGCUCAGCCUAGUGAGCAUGUGCAAAGAUUCAUCGAAGUGUACAGAACCGAAGAUGGAAUGGAAAGUGAAAAUAAGAAGUGAUGGAACACGAUAUAUCACAAAGAGACCAGUACGAGACAGAAUCCUGAAGGAACGUGCCUUAAAAAUUAAAGAGGAGCGCAGUGGAAUGACAACGGAUGAUGAUACGAUGAGCGAAAUGAAAAUGGGACGUUACUGGAGCAAAGAGGAGCGGAAGCAGCAUUUGGUGAGAGCUAAGGAGCAGAGGCGGCGGCGAGAGUUCAUGAUGCGGAGCAGGUUAGAGUGUCUUAAGGAAAGUCCACAAAGUGGCAGUGAGGGAAAAAAAGAAAUUAACAUUAUUGAACUCAGUCACAAAAAGAUGAUGAAAAAGAGGAACAAGAAAAUUUUGGACAACUGGAUGACAAUCCAAGAACUAAUGACACAUGGUGCUAAGUCUCCAGAUGGCACAAGAGUGCACAAUGCCUUUCUAUCAGUUACUACUGUAUGAACACAACUGUUUCAAAGAGUAUACUACCAGUUUGGGUAGAGUCUGAUUGCCUCGUUCAAUGUGGCAUUUUUAUAUAUUUUGUGACUGUUUAUAGUUUGGCCUUUUUUGUAAGCAAAAUAACUUGGUAAUUUUCAUUUGUUUUUCAUAUAAUGGUACCUUCCUUAGUGGGCAAUCUUUCUUUACCAUGCAAUAUAUUCAUAAUAUUCAUUUAUAUAAAAAAAGAAAAGUAAAACAAAAAAAUGGAGGAUCCACUCAAUUUCUUACUUUAAUGUAUGUAUUGUAAGUUAAGAUCUGGAUUUAUUUCUAUAGUUUUCUUUUUUCUACUUUAGUAAAAAUCCAAUACCAAAACAAAAUGUUUUAUACAGUAUCCUUGCUUCUUGGCAUAACAAGUUGUUAAACUUUUACAUGUUAAAUUGCAUCUGUUAAUAAGUCAUGUCCUACAUCCCAUCAUAUGGAUCAGAAUGACCUUUUCCAACAACACAUUGUACAGUACAUUUAACCUGUAAAUUGCAAUUGUAUUUGUCCAAGUAAAUGUAGGUGGGCAAUUCUCCUGUGGUAUGUAGUGGCAUAGGUCAUGUAGCUAGGUAAUAUGUGAUAACUGUGAAGAUGAAAGAGAAAUAAAUUAUUGCUUAUCUUUAAGGGGAAAAAAUAUCAAGAGUUCCUUGAGUGUAAUUGAUCAGUUUAUUUCCACAUGCAAUUUUUUUUAAAUGAAGAAUUAAAGGACACAGUGCACUAAUCAAUAUUUCCUAUGAAGCAGAUACAGCUUUUUCCUACCAUUAUUUUCUUAUAAACUUUAUUCAGUAGACCUAGUCUUGCAUUUCUUCCUCAUACAAAACUUCAAGAGGUUUGAAGUAAGAAAACAUAAGAGUAUACCUAUAAGAACACACAUAAGAGCCCAAUUUAUUACUACUUUCCCCCAUUAUGUUGUUUUGGUUAUUGUUAUUAAUCAAGUACAAUCAGUGUGUUCCAAUCUUUCAAACAAGUAAGUCAUAACUGCUCAUCAAACAUACUUUCUCUGGCUUCUUUACCCUAGGGCAAGGUGUCAAACUCAUCUGGCGAUGAGUGGCAUGGGGCUGGUCUGUGGGCCAGUUGGAACUCAUAGAUCAGCCUGGCAGUCUGGUUCUGGAGUGGGUGCUACAUGCAGCACAGUGUUGCUGCAGUCACUCCAGAGCUGUGCAGUAUGCCCCCAAAGCCACCACUGCUGCAGGGCGACUCUGUAUAGCCUUGAUGCCCAAGCCACCUCAAGGCUUCACAACAUGACCCUGGAGCCACUGCCACUACCAUUUCCAUGGGGUUGUGCAGCACAAUGCCAGAGCUCCUGCAGGGCUGUACAGCAUGCCUGCCACUUGCAUACAGCAUGACCCCAGUGUGCCACUCAUCCAAAAGGAAGUACUAAAGCAUGGCGCUGUAGCAACAUUGCCAUACAGCAACGUGUAGACAUACCCUUAGAGUCUAAGUCCUAUAUCAACAUCUGCCUAAGUCAUUUGGAAAUGCAUCAGUUGAACUUUGGUUCUGAAAUAAUCCAGGUGUUCUUCAAAACAGGCUUUAGGCAUGUCAUCUAAUUAGGGUUAGAUUUUUCAAGAUGUUUAUGUCACUAAAGAUUCAUCUUGUAGAAUUUCAAAGAUUAUCUGGAUUCCUAACUCCCACUUAUAUCAACAACUGAUUAUAGAUUAUCAGUUCUGGAAAUCCCACUAGGUAUCUGCAAUUUAAAUUGUACCUUUAGAUGCCUAAACCCUUUUAAAAUCUGUCCCUUAAGCAAUUUUAAUGGCACUCCUUGUUGUUUAAUGAUUUACUCCAAUAAACAGAAAAAUAAAUACUUAUCAUAGCAAUCUAUGUAUCAUACAAGGAAUUUUUUUUUCUGAAAUAUAAAAUGUUGCUAACAUGUACCUGUUCAUAUAUAGCUGAGAAUUGUUUCUGGUUUUCCAUAUUAAAUUCAUAGAUUACUAUAUUUUCAGGCCAGGAGAGACCAUUAAUACUUCUACUGUAGCCUACUGUUUAACAAUGAUCAGAGAAUUUCAUCAAGUCUAUAGUCAGCCCAGUAAGUUAAGCUUGACAGAAACACAACUUUUCAGAAACACAUCCAGCCUUCAUUUUAGUAUAUCAAAAUAUGGAGAAGUCAUUGUUUCCUUUGAGCAGGUUUUUCCAGUGAUAUGUCACCCUCACUCUUAAAAAAGUUGUCCCUGUUUCCAAUUAGAAUUAAAAUUCCAGCCAUUGCUCCUUGUUAUGCCUUUCUGUUAGGUUUUUAGCAUCCAAUAUUUUUCUCCCCAUAAUCAAGUCAAUGAUUCAGGGCAAGAGUUCCCUAAAACUGAGGAGAUCCUAUUUCAACCAAAAAUUAGAAUAGAAAUCUGGUGAAUUUUAAGGUGAUUUAAUAUCAAUAUUUAAUCACUGAGAGAAAAUGAGGAAAAUCUGAUAAGGUUUGCAUAACCUGACUUAUAAGAAAUAGGAAAAUCUGACAGUUUUUAUACUAAUAUUGUCCAUUCAGAGAAGCAAAUAAGUAAUGUUUAUGCAAAAUAAUGUAUUAAGAAUUUUUAAGUGAA